AUGCCUGACCGUUUCUGUGUCAAACCCAUGUUUGGUCCAAUUUCAACAGUCAAAGUUGACUUUGUGCUUGACUAUUUUCCCGAGGAUAAGCUGAUUGGAGAGUUCACGCAGCCAGCUUUCCGCUAUAAGCUGCGAGAUGCCCUGGAUGGGUCCGAAGGCGACAUGAUGAAGCAGGCUCAUGCGCGGCGAGACGUGUGCAUGGCCGUGGAGAUCCCGCUGCUCGCAAAGUAUGGCUACGAUGCCUCAGAAGAGGGAAUCCAUCAGCACAGUGCGGCCAUGGCUUCGUUGCUGAAGGACUGCCCAGACCUGGUGGAGAAGAACCAUGAGCUGGCACGCCUGGUGAACCCAACCAUGGACGUGGAUGAGGACACCCACAUUACUGCUGAUUAA